AUGGUUAAGCCUAUUGUUGCACCUAGUAUUCUUGCAUCUGAUUUUGCCAACUUGGAAUGUGGCUGUCAUAAAGUACUCAAUGCUGGUGCGGACUGGCUACAUAUCGACGUUAUGGAUGGUCAUUUUGUCCCUAAUAUCUCACUCGGACAGCCUAUCGUGGCUAGUCUACGUAAGGCAGUGCCCAGAGUUGGAGACACAAGCUCUACAAAGCCAAAAGCGUUUUUUGACUGCCACAUGAUGGUCGAGUCUCCCGAGAAAUGGGUUGAAGAUUUCGUCAAAUGUGGGGCCGACCAAUUUACAUUCCACUACGAAGCCACUAAAGAUCCGCUCGCUUUGGUCAAAUUGAUCAAGUCCUACAACAUCAGAGCAGCUUGUGCGAUCAAGCCAGGCACACCAGUGGAUGUCCUGUACGAACUGGGACCUCAUCUGGAUAUGGCCCUGGUCAUGACAGUCGAGCCAGGGUUCGGAGGUCAAAAAUUCAUGCUCGACAUGAUGCCAAAGGUUGAGGCGCUAAGAAACAAAUUCCCUCAGCUCGACAUUCAAGUCGAUGGUGGCCUGGGCAGAGACACUAUUUCACACGCCGCCAAGGCCGGAGCCAACGUUAUCGUGGCCGGUACAAGCGUGUUUACGGCUGAAGACACCACUGAAAUGAUCUCGCAUUUGAAAUCAGAAGUGGCAGACAACUUGAAAGAAAGGAAGUUGCUCAGCUGA